CACCCACACAAUAUACAGUAGGGCUCUAUUUUGAACUAUUAUGCAAUCACUUCUAGAUACACUUUGCAAGCACAUAAAUCAGUACAAAAACAUUCUUCAAUACCAUUAAAAUAAGUUAUAGUAGAUGUUUUAUUUUUUUGUAUAUGAUUUGGGUUUUUUUUCUGGCUUGAAGCCGGUAGCACCCUCCCUCCCAAAAGGAGUACUUUUGUGGCAAGGGGAAGGACUUCCAGGGGUUAGGGGGCAGGACUGCUGUCCCCAAUAUGGCAACCAGGGGCAGGGCUACCUAUGUAGCUCUUGUCAGUUCACCAAAACUUGGUAAGUGGCCCUUCAGCUAAAAUAAUUGCCCACCCCUGCUUUAUGCAUUGAUUAGAAAUCUAGGGGUUGCUUCAGGAAUCCACCUAUUAAGGGUCUGUAAGGAACUGUGUGGCAACUGAGUGCUUAUCUGUGUGUUUUCCCCACUCCUACCCAUCCUCUGUGCUGAAGGCUGCAUGCAGGGUGACUGUGGAGCUGGUUCUGGCAUCUCUGUGCCUGCAUGGGACUCCCUCGAGUGGGGGGAAUGGUCCCCCUCCAUUCUCUGUGUGAUACAUGGAUGAUGCAGUCUUGCAUAUUUGAAGGGGAAGGAGAAAUCUGUUUAUGCUGGGGAAAUUGCCUUUAUGUAAAAGCUGCCAGCUCUUCAGAUUAGAAGCUUGAUAAAAAAAAUAGGCUUUGUGUUUUUUCAAAUUAAAAUUUGUAGAGUGUACCACUGUACUGUUUAAUUGAAUUUGUCUCCUCACUCCCUUUGGAAAUAAGGAGACUGGAAAUAAUAGACAUAGCUCGAAAUCCACAUCAAUGAAAAAUUAUCCUUCUGCAGCAUGCUUUGCAGGCUUUCUAGCUGCUGCACCAGCUGGACUACCUUCUGCAGUGCAGAUCCAGGAGAAGGCUCUGACAAGCAGCAUGAAGAAUUUAAGGAAAAACUGACUUUGCUUGCAACCACUCAGAAAUUAUUAAGAAUAUUGUUUUUACAAGUGCCUCCAUAUAGACCUGCUAAAAUUAUAUUUUCUUCUGCAAGUCAGUGAACUGUUGCAAACCUCAGUCAGUCUAUAAACACUUUACAGUAAUUCUGUUACAGUAUUCCAGUAAAAUACUACUAUUUGUUUUUCUGUGAUGAAUGUGGAAGGAGACUUGAUUUUCUCAACAGAUGGCACGUCUACACCUGCCCCUAUAGCACCGUUGUUACUGUGCUGUCAGUUAGUCCUUAGCGACACUGUACCAAGGGAGUGUCGUGCUUGUGGUGUCAUGAUUUUUGCCUGCCGGUGCUACGUUACCGUAGCGUGUUACUACAGAGAUGUAGCGUCUUGUGUAGACGCGCCCAGAAUGUAACAGAAAAUCCUGUGACAUGCAUUUUCUGUUUAUAGAAUGGGGAGUUUGUGAGGUGUCCCAAGCAAAGUAACUACAUAUACACUAGAUUCACAUCAGAACAGAGAUGACCAGAACUGUACCAGGCUGUCCCUCCAAAACAGACUCAAGGCAUUUCUUGGAACAUGCCAGCUCUUAGCUUUCACUCUUAUUUAACUAUGGAAAAGUAGUAGAGCAACUAUGGCAAAGAAAUCAGAAGGACUACAACAGGCUGCUGGAGAAGCUUCUAAAUCAGAGAGAACAGUGAUAGUCUCUGGUAUUCCAGACGGCGUUCUGAAAGAUGAGGUCAUGGCUGACAUACUGAUGAUUCAUUUCCAGCGGGCGAAGAAUAGGGGUGGAGAUGUGGAAGGCGUAGUCUAUCCGACAACAACAAAAGGAGUUGCAUAUAUAACAUUUGAAGAUCAGAAAGUUACAGAGAAGGUUCUCAAGAAAAGUGAACAUCAACUAGAAGACAAGAGGCUGCCCAGACACUAUCCUCUGAAAGUAUCUCUUUACAGUCAAGAUGUCUUCUCCUGUAUCUCGUGUGUCCUUGAUUUGUCCGGUUUUGGAGAUAAAUAUGUUUUAGAAGAUCUGGUGCAAGAACUUCAAAAGAACAUCACAGCUUUAAGUUUCAGUCCUUUACAGCCUAAUGGGCAAAUUUCUGUUCAAGGGUCAUUCCCAUCAAUACAAUCAUUAAAAGACAAUCUGUUGUUAAAAGCAAAUUCCCUUUCAAAGACAGACAAGAAAGCAAAAUGUAUGUCGAGUCAAAGAUCUAACAGCAAGACCCAGAAACAUGGAGUAUCUGUGGAGUCAAAGAAUAAUUUUAUCCAUAAUGCAGUUGGAGAAAAACAGGUUGUUCUUGACACUGAUGUAUACUACUACAUGAAACACAUUUUACAUGAGGACAGUCUAGCAAAAAAGAGUGUUGUAAGUCGUGAGGUUACAGACGGUGAGAUCACAAUACUGUAUCUUGAAAAGGUCAAUGCUAGUUCUGAUCCUAGCAAGUUAGAAAAAGCCAAAAAGAAAAUUGAAGACUUGUCUGCAGAACUUCAUAGCAAAUUACAAAAAAAAAGAUUCCAUCUUGACGGAAGCAAACAUGAAAUGCAGAUGUAUCAGCAUGCAUGCAAGAGGGUGCAGCCCCAAUACUCACAGGUCUUGGUUAUUCCUUAUGAGACUCACAUAGAUGUUAUAGGAAGUUCUUCUGACAUUUUUGGGUUUGCACAAGAAGUGAAAACAAAGGUAAAACAUUACUUGCAGAAAACCCCCCAGGAGAUGAUAGUCAGAUAGGUGCUGCAGGUAAGAUAUGCCAGGUGAGAGUUUCUAAAGAACAGUCUUGCAGAGGGAGUGGUGGAAGCCCUACUGUUUGAUAUAUUUUAUAGAGUAUUUGGCACGUCAGAGAACUUUGCAAAUUUUAAUUAAUUAGAGCUCCAUCCUACUCUCCAUAGCUGUUCCAUUAUCCUUAAUGACAAUCCGUUAUUCCACACAAGGAUCUAAGAGGAAUAUUAGUACCUCUUUACACAUUAAUGCUAGAGAAGCCACACAACUGAUAGAAGUGAUGUGGAAGAGCUUGUACUCUGUGUUCAGUCCCACUGUGUGGGUACAGACACUGUCACAGUAUUAAAGGCUGAACAUUUGGUUUACAGCCCCAAAUACAAUUUAAAACAGGCAGCAGUGAUCUCUUGCUACAUCCAUGAGCUUAAAGAUGGAAGUUAGUUUAGGUGAUGAACAGGUUGUCUUUGUUCUAUCAUCUCUACAGUAGUUACUUCUUGAGGAACUAGUAACUUAUGUUGUUUACAUAGGUUUAUUGCAGUUAUUUCAGAGUAUUUUUAUUCUGAGGUCUGGGACAUACCUGCCUGGGCUUUGGAGUUAUUUGUUAGGUUUGAAAGACUACCUGUGUUUCUGUUUCCAGCAAGUACAAGAUUGUAUGCUUCACAUAUUGAUUAUUUUCCUGACUGUAUGUGGCAUGGAUAUGACUUUUAUAUGGCAUUAAUUAUUAUUUGAUAACCAGUCAUUUUUCUUUUGUCUGGGGGCACGUGGGCACACUUGACCUGUCUUGAGACAUGGAGUACAUUAGAGUAAGAGGGGUGAUUAUCUAAGGAGAUACAAGACUUUUCCGUAGCAUAAGAGACCAGUCAUACACUAUAUAAAGGCAAUCAAAUGAGGGAGUAAGUGUUGAAAAAGGUACUUUAUAUUAGUGUAUGUUUGUCCAAGCAGACAGCUUCUAAAAGUGAGAAUUGUCUCUUGCCUUCAGUAUCUUUUUUGUAGGAGAAGCUCCUUGUAAUUGAGACAUACCCAAAAGAAAGAGCUUUUAUAGAUGGGGAAAAAAGCACAAACAUUAGCUCCUAAGCCCUGAACUAUGUUUCCCAGAACACGACAGGAAUUUGGAGCCAUCUUGUAGAAGGCUUUCCUCGUUUUUCAGUGAAUUCAGAGACCCUUCUACAAUCAAAAAUGCAUAUUAGGUAUUGGAAGGCAGGGGGAAGAUCAACCUUAUUUAUGCAGAAGUGACACACAUUUGGAUCCUCAAUGAUUUGCAAUAGUAGCUGCACAGCUCUUAAACUCAGUUUUUUUCUACAACUACUUCCAAAUUUUAGAGUCCAAAUUGUUGUCAUUUUUGUAGUUUGGACUUUGGCUUUUGUUCUGCUUACACAGGUAUAAGAAACACAGCAGUGAAAUGGGCAUAGGUUGUCAGAGUAGGUCAUUAUCAUGUUCAAACACUGAAUUAGCUGAGCAACAGAGGAGCUAUCAUUUCUAGUACACAUGUGAACAACUUCAAAAAUGUAUCGUAAAGCAAGCAAUGAACAUCAUUACCAAAAAUUACAGUUAGAAGAGAUUUUAAUGUCACAUGCCCCCCUGUCAUUGCUUGAUUGUUUCUGGCUGUGUUUUGUAGCCUGAUAUUGUAUUUCAAAUAAUGGGGUUUCUGCCACUGCCAAAGAAAAAACUAUUUUUUGUUAGAUUGUGGAUAUAAGUAUUCAUUAAUUAUCUUCUAGUUUAUAAGCUUUAUGGAAUGGUAACUUUAACUUCAUAGGGUUGUACAGUUCCUACCAAAAGGCAAUCUGAUUAUCUGAUAGGUGCGAGAACAUCAUUAAUGAAUGUUGUAUAGUAUUUGGAGGGUAAAGAACUAUGUAAGUGCUGCCUGCCUGUAUUAUUCAUAGUUUCAUAGCUGGUAGGGUCGGAAGGGACCUGAGCAGAUCAUCAAGUCCGACCCCCUGCCAUCGUAGGAAAGAGUACUGGGGUCAAACGACCCUGGCAAGGUGUUCAUCCAGCCUCCUCUUAAAGACCCCCAGGGUAGGAGCCAGCACCACUUCUCUUGGAAGUUGGUUCCAGAUCCUAGCUGCCCUGACAGUGAAAUAGCAUCUCCUGAUGUCUAGUCUGAAUCUACCCUCUGCCAGCUUGUGACCGUUAUUUCUUGUCACUCCUGGGAGUGCUUGGGGGAACAGGGACUCCCCCAAUACCUGCUGGUCCCCCCUGACUAAUUUGUAAACGGCCACUAGAUCCCGCCUCAGCCUUCUCUUGUGGAGGCUGAACAGGUUCAGGUCCCUUAGCCUCUCCUCGUAGGGCCUGCGCUGCUGACCCCUGAUCAUGCGGGUGGCCCUCCUCUGGACCCUCUUCAUGCUAUCCACAUCCCUCCUGAAGUGUGGUGCUCAGAAGUGGACGCAGUACUCCAACUGCGGCCUGACCAGUGUCGCAUAGAGGGGGAGGAUCACCUCUUUUGACCUGCUUGAGAUGCAUCUGUGGAUGCAUGACAAGGUACGGUUGGCCUUCCUGACCGCGUCUCCACACUGUCAGCCCAGGUUCAUUUUGGCAUCAAUAAUGACUCCAAGAUCCUUUUCUGCCUCUGCACUGACGAGAAGGGAGUGGCCCAUGUUGGUUCAUUAGAGGCAAAUGAAAUUCUGCAAUGCCUUUCCUCUUUCCCCUCUCCCUUAAUAUCUGAAGGUAAGCAUGGGGUGUAAAGUUAAAACCGUAUGUUUUUCGUAAACUUCAUUUUUAGAGCUUUAUUUAACAUAACAGUAGAAUUUGUUAUUUGGCCAACCUGCAACAUGGACAUGGUUAUUUUAUAUCUGUAAAUCAGGAGACUGGAUUGCUGGACUGGGAAGGGGACGGGGUGGGGGCAGGGUUACAAUUCUAUGUUCCUUUUUAAAAAAACAAAACAAAACCCACAGAUGCAAAGAAGCCAUGAAUUUAGCUCUUUAUCCCCUGUAACUGAGGAGCACAGGAUUUUGCGUGGUUUUAUAUCAUUCAACUUGGAAAUAUAGAAAACUUGGUCAAAACAAGACAUGCUAGCUGAAGAUAUAGUAUAGUUUUCUUUGCAGAAGUAAGUGCUCUGUUGCUUUUAAGUAAGAAGUAACAUAAUGAAAAGAUUAUUCAAAAUAUUGUUUUAAAUUUUUUUGGUUAUUUCAAGAAAAAUAAAAAACCCAGAACCUGAA